AUGGACCGCGGCGGCCCCGCAGGCAGCCCCCUGAUCUCCAGCAACGAGCCCGCGCCCCCUGCCGCCUCCACUCGAGACUCCAGCCCCGGGCUGACCGGGCCAGGGCUGGCGGGCGCGGGCGGCGGCGGGCGCUCGGGCUGUGGGCGGCCGGCGGCGGCGAACGCCGCGCGGGAGCGCAGCCGGGUGCAGACUCUGCGGCACGCCUUCCCUGAGCUGCAGCGCACGCUGCCGUCCGUGCCGCCGGACACCAAGCUGUCCAAGCUGGACGUGCUGCUGCUGGCCACCACCUACAUCGCUCACCUCACCCGCAGCCUGCAGGACGACGCCGAGGCGCCGGCGGACCCCGGGCUGGGCGCCCUGCGUGGCGACGGCUACCUGCACCCUGUCAAGAAAUGGCCCAUGCGAUCAAGAUUAUACAUCGGUGCUACUGGUCAGUUUCUGAAGCAUUCUGUCUCUGGAGAAAAAGCAAAUCAUGGCAGUAUGCCAGCAGACUCACAGCCUUAGGCUGUCCCCUGAUGGGUGCUGAAAGAAAGUGGUGUCUGUUGUUUUUAAAUAGCAUGAAAUAAUUCUGUAUUUAUUACAUCAGACAUAACAAACAUCAUUUCUGAAAGUUUACAUAUGAAUCCAUAGUUGAGUUUUCAGAUUUAUCUGUCUAAUCUAAAUAAAUGAGAAAUGAAAUGGUCUUGUAUAAAACACAGCUUAUCUAUUCAGUCUGAGACGUAGUCACUACUAUAUAAUGCAGGAGAAACUAUUGGAAAAAAGGAAAGACACACAAAAGCAAAAAACUGUAUAUAUAUCCAUAGAAUGCAUACACUCUGUAGUGUAUUUAUUACAAACUGAAAAGCUGGUAUCUAUUGAUAGUCUUUCUAGUUUACAAAAAUAAAAGCUGUAUUUGUAAUAUACCAGUAUUUCAUUUUUGUAAAAACCAGUCCAUGCUUAAAGUUGGUCUAAGAAGCUAUUUCAGUUGGAAGGUGUGACAUCAUUUAUUCAGUUUCAGCUGAGUAUGUGUGAAAAGACUGCUGAGGUAAUAUGAUGAUGCAGUAACUUCUAUAUCUAGCUAUUGUUCCCUCUUAGAAAACUUGUUAGGAACAUUAAAAAUUGUUUGCUUCAAACAAAAAGGAAAAAAAAAGUAAUUGUUUGCUUCAUAGGACAGGGCUUGCCCACCAUCCUAGAGGAUUACUAAAUAUCUAAUUACUAGAGGCCUGUAGGCCUUCCUUGCCCCGGCUGCCGGCACUGGCACCGGCUUCCCUCUGGCACCCGGGACCUGGGCUUCCCUCGCCCCCAGCUUCAUCCGGAUCGUCCGGUCUAAUUAGCGUGUUACCCUUUUAUUAUUAUGGAUAAUUCCAAAUUGUAGAAGGUUUUGGAAAUCCCUGCAGCGCAGAUGGGUGUCACUGGGCAGCAGGGCUCAUCCCCCUCCUCCCUGGUCACUCCAUAUCCACCCUAAUCUCAGGUCCUGGACUAGCUGAGAAGGUGUGGUUGCAGCCACCCUAGAGAGUGAGCCCCCAUGACCCUCAGUCACAGCUUUGGCCGGGCUCCUUCUCCCCUUGUCAGCUUCGGUUCACAGUCUACCUAUUUGGCCAUUAUGACAUGGGAGACAUCCUGUCUGAUUUGGGAAUUCUGCCACUGAUCUGUGCCUCAAAGGGGUCUGAGGACCACCCCGAGAUACAUCAGGCCACAGCAGGCCCUCCUGAACCCGCCCCGAUGUGAACCUACAGCCUGGGAAGGCCCUCUGCUCUGGGCCUCUCCUACCACACUGCACAUCAGGUGCCAUGAAGUACAGAUAAUGGUCAGGGAACAAACUGAAUCUUUAAACACCUGAAAAAAAAUCUCCAAUCUCUUUUGUCAUGUUUCUGCUGACAUAGAUUUCCUUUUAUUUCCCUUGUUUUUUACUCAGUCUUCUAUUAUUCCACUUUCCAAAUGUAAAGUUCACUUAUUUCUCAGUGACCCUGUUUUUAAAGUUGCUGAAUUUGAUCCAAGAUCAGCAAACAGAAAGGCACAUUAAGGGGCUUGGUUGAGUUAAUAUUGCAGUUGAACCACCACUUUAUUUUCUCCUCAGUGUUCUUUAAGGUUUUGGCAGUGAAAUGAAAGACUAUUUAAGGCAAAAACUACCAUUUAGUUCAUUCAGCCAAACAUCAGCAUGUUUUGCCUCAUAUCUGAUAGUUUGUAACUUUCAUUAUUUUAAUGUGAAUAUCUCCUUGUAAUGUGACAGAAGUGUGUCUUUAAAAGAAAAUGUAUUAAUCAAAACUCUGUACAUAUUAAUAUUUAGCAAAAUGUUUGUAUAUUUAAACAUUUGUGAAUAUAUUUCCUCACUCAUGUAACACUGAAAGGGAUAAAAAGUAAAAUGAGUUAUGGAUUCAGCCAUUCACUAUUUAAAAAAAUGCUAAGAAAAAAAGUGCUAAGAAUAAUCUUUUAUCUUAAGGAAUGAAAUCAAAACUUCUUUAAACACUACAUUUGAAAAUGAACUAUAAACACUACAUUUGAUAGGAGGAAUUUCAGAAAAAUGGCUCUCUUGCUAAUCUAUUUGGCUACAGUGCUUACUUAAAGCAUUUAAUUGGGGGAAAUUUAUGACUUGUUGAUUAUCAGACUUUUCUAAAUCAUUGUUAGAUACUUUGCCUUUUAUAGUAUCACUUUUUAUUUCUUCUUGUCCAGUUAUAUAAAUGUUUUAAUGCCAAAGAAGUAUAUUUCUGUCAUGGGUUUUCAUAACUUUUUAGUAAAUUGCUAAAUAUGCUAACAGAUUUUGGUGGGUUGGAAAAUAUCAGAGAGAAAUUGCAUGUUUUCACCCAAAGUUUCAAGGGAGGAUGCUGUUUUCAUUAAUGGUGCAUGGUCAGGAUAAAGAAUAUUACUAAAAUAAAGCACUAAUUGAAAAUUAA